AUGAAUGACUUACCCUUUCAUCUUCUUGACAACAUUCUCUUCAGAUUGGACCCCAAAUCUCUGGGGAUAAUGCGAUGCACUAAUAGAUCUAUCAAUUCGCAUAUAUCCAACGAUCCGAAUUUUGUAAGUGGAUACUCUUCCGAAUAUUCUUCUCGGGUUGGCUCCAGUCUUUUUCACGUUGGGAUCAGCUUGGGCGACAAUUUCAUCAUCUGCCACCAUUUUUCUUAUUCAUGCGAUUCUACUUCAGUGAAAGAAAGAUCAGUGUUGGAAUUUCUGUCUUGUUACAUUUUAGGCUCAUGCUCCGGCCUUCUCUUACUAUUCAUCGAUGGCCUCUUCCUCGCAAAUCCCCUCACAAAGAGGUUUCGACCUUUGAAUCACUCUGGCUCAAAGCUUCUGUCUCCCAUAUUUGGUCGUAAUAGUCAAAUCACCUCACGUGAUGACGGUAUAGAAGAUUACAAAGCUCGUAAGGAGAGAAGGAUGCGUGUUGGUUUCGUGGUAAGUCCCACCAAAGGUUUCAAGAUCGUAUGCAUACUCGAGAUGGAAACGGUGUACGGGUUCGAGAUCAGUGACGGAGAUUCAUGGAGGUUAUCGGAAACAACCAUCACCACUAGCUCAAAAAGCCUACUCACGACAUGGAUGAAACCUGUUUACUUGGACGGCACUCUUCACUGGCUGAGAAACGACGGGAGUAUCAUAGCUUUCGAUCCUGAGACAGAGCAGGCACGCUUCGUUCCUUCCGUAUUCCAUCGUGGAGGACCGGGUACGAAGCUGAUUUUCACGGAAGAUAGUAAGAAGAAUCGCCUGACCUUAAUAUCGGGGACGAAGGAAACAAUUUCAGUUUACACACUAGUCAACAAUUCCAAAUGGGACCUCACCAGGCAGAUCGCAAACGUAUAUGUGAACGAAAUAGAUCUUCUAUGCUGGCAGUUGAUUGUGUGCGACGGCAAGUGUCUUGUAGUUGUGGAGAACACUCAUAGUGGCUACGGCGUGGUUCAUGUGUACGACUUGGAAGCUAACAGUUGGAAAGUUUCAGGGUCGAAUGAAUUUAUGGGCAUGAGUAUCGGAGACUUCUAUAAGUUUACACCCUCCUUGGUCUUUGUCGAGGGAGAUGAGCAGGAGAUUAUAGCUUCUACUGAAAAACGCAUAAUCUCUGCUCUCACUGCGGUGAUGGGACUCACUGAUAGAACCUAA